AAAUCAUAACCUUUUCAAAUGUCAUUGAACGUUAUCUUUUGACUUCCCUUAAUUUUAAUUUUGUUACUUCUAGUUAAUUUUAGAAGUUUUAUCAUUUUCAGUAAUGAUCCAAAAGAUCGUGCUUUUUAGUUUCUUCCUGAUUCUUUUGUCAAAUAACUCAAACGAGUACCCAAAACUCCCCCAAAAACGGAUUUUUGAAGAUGUCAGAAAUAAUUUUGAUGUUCCAAUGGAGGAAGAUCAAGUUUACGAAGAAAAUUUUAAACAUCUUGGUCAACAGAGGAAAAUGCCAGUAAAUGUUCCUAUUACAUUUUCAAGAUUUAUACCGAUAUCAAUCCCACCACCUCCUAUUAAAGUUCAAAAAACCUUACCAAUAAUAAUAACUCGCCCAGCACCAAUAAAUAUCCACGCAGGGUUAGAGCCAAAAAUUUCUUUUCCUGGUUAUAGUGGUUAUGGUUAUCCUUGCGGAUCAAGAAUUGAAUUUCCAAGAUCAAAAAGGACAACAAAUUAAUUUUAAAUUUAAUUUUCAUUUUUAAAUCUUACAACCUGAUAUCACAAAAUUUAAUGCAGAUAAACAAUAGGAAAAGUAACCCCAUCACCCACACUCGUCAUAACUGGUAUACACCAUAAACACCAAUUAUAACCAAACACUUCUAAAAAAUUAUCGCAAGCUCCCAAAUUAAACGUAAUAUCUUCAGAGUAUUCAUUUGGUUGCAUAACUUCCAAAGUGGUGUCAUUGUUUAGCAAUAACGUCAUGUGGAAAAUGAAGAGGCAAAAAUCAGCGAUCCCAGCACAAAAAAGAAGAAAUGUUCUGCAAAAGAGUGGUGAUUAAAAAUAAUUUUUUUGAUUGUUUUGCUUACAAUGUCACGUAUUGGACUUCAUUAUACUUGAUUUCUUGUAAAGAAUGGAAAAAUUCUAAAACGUAUUCAGCUGUUGUGAAGGAGUAAAAGAAACAAUAAAUAUAAAGACUUAUUAAGAGCAAUAUAAAGAUUUUGUAAUUUCCAAAACCCACGCAAUUAUUAACCCAAGGGCAAUGAUGGUCCAUUUUUAAAAUACAUCUUCCACAAGAUGAACAAUGAUGGGUUCUAUCUGGUUUUA